GUGGCAACUAGUAAAUGAUCUCGUUUUGAGACCAUUUUGAACGCCGAACUGUGCUUGGUGGAGCACAGCAUAAAAACAAGAAGCCUAGUUCGUGAAACACCUACGCCUUCCCUCUAGCCAACCUUUGAUACAGCGACUUCUCUCGCUGUGUUGAAGUCAUUCCUGCCCAUUCUAUUCUUAGAUCCCUCUCCCUUUCUCAUACAACCUGUCUUCCACACCGUCCUCGUUGUCAUCUCUCAUGAUGAACAGUGAAAUCUAUGGCCGACGCAUCUCUCUCCUCCUUUCCCUUUGAAUCCGACAGACAAUGUGUGUUCUUUCUCUCUCUUUCUCUCUCACUAUAUAUACAAUCAAUUAGUUCACUGAGAUUGGUAUAAUCCUCUCGACUGUCAUGGGGAUCUGCAAGUCGUGCGAUGCCACGGGAGUGGCGGAGCCGGCGACGGCAAAGCUGGUGCUACAGGACGGGAAGCUACAGGAGUUCGAAAGGCCGGUGAAGGUGUCCCACCUGCUACAGAAGGACCCGACGUGCUUCGUGUGUGACUCCGACGGCAUGGUGUUCGACGGGUUAGUGAUGGCCGUGGAUGCCGACGACGAGCUGCAGCCCGGGCAGCUCUACUUCCUCCUCCCUGUCUCCAUGCUCCGGCGACCUCUCCACGCGGAAGAGAUGGCGGCGCUCGCAGUGAAGGCUAGCGCCGCCCUCGGGGCCGCUCGUGGUGCCUGCAGCCGCCACAGUAGAUCUGUGGCUCCUCUAACCUUCCACCCGGCAAUGCCCGCGGCUGCUGGCGGCGGUGCAAGUGGGAUGAUGGGAGGAGGGAAGAGUAGAGUAAAUUGUAAGAGGAGAGGUGGCAAGGGACGGGAUUUUGCGUCCAAGUUGAGUGCGAUCUCAGAGUAGAAGACAUGUACCGCAGCGAAAGAGAUUGAACAUGAACAUGAGACUACACAAACAGAGCAUGCACGAGUGUUAGCAGUCAUAUAACACUCGAUUACAGAGUAUCCGAACCUGAUUCAUGGGAAUGGGAUUCGAUUAAUAUAUAUAUCUAAUCAUGAGAAUAUUUCCGAUAGACUUUCAGUAUUCAACAUGAAACAUAAAUCUGAAUUCCCAAAAACAGUAGAUCUGUUGUCAUAUCUAAUGCUAUAUUGAGCUUUCUAUAGGCCUAUAAUCAAUCGGGCCCGACGCAAAGCCCGUACGGCGGAACGAGGUGGGGAUGAGCUACCUCGGGUAAGCCCGGGCGGCGACGCCUUGUAAGUCCCUCGUGACACACAGCGGCUCCGACAUUUCCAAUCAGACUCAGCCAAUUAGAACUUCUGACUCACAAGUCUCCUCGGCUCAUCUAAUUCCUUAGUAUUAUCUUUGUUUGUAGUUGAGAAAGAGAGAGAGAGAGAGAGAGAGAGAGAGAGAGAGAGAGGCAUAGGACUUAGCAGCAUUAUAAAAACCAAAAAAAUCUAAAAUGAAACAUUUACCUCUUAUUUUCCUUUCCUUCUCUUCUCCUCCUUUCAUUCUUCUUCCUCUCUUUGUUUUUCCUCUUCUCUAUUUCUUCUUCUUCCUUUUUUUUUUUUUUUUCUUUCUCUCCUAUUCCUUCCCUUCGAUUCUUCUUCUUCUUCCUCCCUCUCUCUUUUCCUUCUGCUUCUUUUCUUCUCCGCCUCUUCUACCCUUAUUUUUCCCCCUCGAUUCUUCUUCUUCUUCUUCUUGUCUUCUUUACUGCUUCUAUCUUCCUCCCCCUUUCUCCUUUCUCCCUUCUCUUCAACCCGAAGCCCUCUCGAGAGAGAGAGAGGCGGAAGAAAAUUUUCUUUUUUAUCUUUUUUUUUUACUUUUUACAUUUUAAUUCGUAUAAUAUCUAUAUAUACAAUUAGGUCCUCAAAUUAAAUAUGAGAUGUUGCAGAAGGUCAUUAUCAUAUAUAUACGGAGAGGUUUUUUAAAUCUUUGUUAUCGUUAAGGCCUUGUUUCCUAUAAUUGAUAAAUAAUUGUGUUCCAAAUUGCACCUUCAAUCACUAUGAGA